ACGCAAGGAACAAGAAAACAUGGACUGCGACGUGUGUAUGGAAGCUUUUGAUGCCGGCGAGCGACGACCGAAGCUCUUACCGUGUGGCCAUACGUACUGCUUGAGUUGUGUGUCUCGUCAGGAGAGGAAAUGCCCUGUCGAUCGCAAGGCCUUCAGAAUUUCACCGGACAAGCUGCCUGACAACUACAAGCUCAUCGAACUUUCUCAGAGACCUCCCACGGUGUUCGGAUGGUGCCGCACCUGCAAAUCUGGGGCAUCAGAGCAUUGCUUGGACGAGCACACGCCCUCCAUCUGCAGCCUGAAGAAGGCGCGGCUGGAGACCAUUCAACCACGGUUGGACGCACUGAGGGCCGGAGAGACGGCUCUGGUGGGACUUCAAAAGGUCGUAGAAGAGUCAGCUAAAGACAUUUCUAUGGUGGUCACCGGAUGUUGUGACCGACUGAAGGUGGAGCAGACCCAGAUAGGCGAGGCUCGCAAAAGUCUGGAUGCGGCGCUGUCGGUGGAAGCGGCGAUCUGGAUCAAGAUGGAGAAAGCAGAGCCACCCGAGGACUAUGCCCUCGCUGAUGGGGCGGCCCAACUGCUGUCGGACCUGGCCGAGCCGUCGACGGUGUGCGAGUUGACGGUGCACCGCGGCGCCGCCGGCACCGCGCCAGGCUCCGUCGCGUGGCGUGGAAGCGUGUUGCCGCAACGCGACGCCGCCUCGCGUCUCGCGCUCUGCCGCUUGUUGUGCACCGGUGAGCUCCGCCCGGAGGAGCCGAGGCCGACUGAAACCAUGAAAUCCGACGACACCUGGGAAGAGCGCAGCAACGAGAAGAUCAUGUCUCCGGAGGAAAUGGUGGCCGCCGUGCACGUGGGGUCCCGAGUUGCCCGCGGGUCUUGCUGGCGCGUGGCCUGGAACAACGACGCCAGCUCCGAGGAGGGUGUCGUGACGUCAGUCUUGGACGGCGGCCGGGUGCGCGUUCGCUGGGUGCAGGGGGGCCCUGAGUUUGUGUACUCCAUGACGCCCACCACUCAGCACCUGCGGCUAGUGCCCAGGCGCCCUAUGGUUCAACUUGGCCGUAAAGAUGCAAAAUCACUUAACCUGUCUGAAAUUAGCAUGAAAAGUACGCUUCAGAGAUCACUCCCCACGGCAAAACUCGCGGAGGCUAAGGUGCUUUACGGGCUGCGAUGCGAUUUGGCGCCCAACUGGAGCAUGAAGGUGCUGCGCAGUGUUGCCCGCCACGUGGAGGCCCUGUCGCUGGAGUCGGCCCAGCAGCAGCACCUCAAGGCCGCCUGCGACUGCGCUCGCCUGAGCACCCUGCACCUGCGCGGCCGCGCCGUCCAAGUGGGCCCCGUCGUGGACCUGACAGUGGAGGUUUCCGGCACUGGCCCGUCGCCCAGCACCAGCGGAGGCAGCAGCAACGGCAGCGCGCCGGUGGCCGCUAGGGACCCCGUUGAGGAGGCCUUCGAUGCCGCCCCACUCCCCGCCAGAAUUCAAGAGCUUCGCGUGACCUGCGUCAUCCGAGAGCAGCUCAUGCAGCUCCACCGGCUAACCAGCCUCCGCCGUUUGGAAGUCCACAGCCCCUUUGAGGCGCCACUGCUCAACCUCAGCUUCCCGACGGCCGGCGCUUCCGGCCUGGAGUGGCUGCGUGUGGGGCUGUAUCCGCUGACCACUGCGCUGGCACUCAUGCGCGCGCAUGCUGGCUCGCUACGCGUCCUCGAGCUCGUGGCCGCUUCCAGAGAGCCGUAUGGCUGCCCCGACUUAGCAGACCAGCUCAGUCGAUGUGGCUUUCAGGUGCUGGAGCGUAUCGUGUUGUGGCGCGGCUCCGUUACUGAAGUGUUUUGCUGGCACGAGGUUGCAGAGUGUGCGAUGCAGAAAAAUACCUUACUAGUGGCCCUGAGCAAUAUUAAAGUAAUGUGCAGUGACUGUGACCAGGUCGAAGAGACAGAACUGAACUAAAGAACACGUAUUGUCGAACAUAAUGAAUAGUGGGACCUUUUACAUUGAUCUCAACUGUCUAGGAAAAUCCCUGUAACCUGUGCUGUGUUGGUACCACGACGCAGCGAGACCCGGUGGCGACUCUUCCUAUGUCGCCUGGCGCAGAAGGUUUCACCAAAUAGAGGGGUUCAGCUGUGGCCGGCCAGGACGAGCAAAGGAGGAAGAUUUUACAUGUAAGAUGGCCGCCGGGAGCCGGGGGGAUAGUGCGGGGAGGAGUGGAGGCACGGCAGCCAUCUUGCUUCUAACAACUUCUACCUUUCUUCUUCUUGGCUGACCACAGCUCAACCCCUCUAUCGCGAACCUUUCAGUUGGUACCCGCCCCUCCCGCGUACCGCAUGAUUACAGCGCUGUGGCGGUCGCGGCAGGUACCGAUCCAAAGGUACGCGAUCUGGUGACACCUUUCGCGGUGAAGAGGGGUCCCCGAGGUUUUUUACAUCGUGGUUGGCAUUUAACGUGUUUGUUUCAUUUCUUGUUGUUCAAACUAAUAUCAAUCAUCGUAUUUAUCAACAGAGUUGAAAUUUUGAUGUUUAUGUACAAUUACUGACGGGUUUGUAUUAAAUCAUUGUUCAAAUCUAUGUGCUAAUAAAGUAUCUGUGUCAUCAUUGAAAA